CGGAGUACGAUCGAGGUCCAAGAGGGUGAAGAGUAUAAGAAGCUACCGUAGGUAGGAAGGAUGAACCCAUGGUUGCACCAGGCGGCGGUGCAGGGGCGCGUGGCAAGCCUGAGGAGGCUGGUGGCCGAGCGCCCCGGCAUCCUUGGUUCCUCCAAGACGCCCCAGGAGAACGCCGCGCGGCCGAGCUCGGCCAUGCCGGUUUUGUCGAGGCGGCCCUUGGUGUGGACGGCAAGCUGCUCGUCAGCAGGAACGCUGACGGCGACACGCCGCUGCACCUGGCGGCCAGGGCGGGGAAGGUGGACGUUGCGGACCUGCUCAUCGGCCACGCAUGGGCAUGGCCUAUGGAGCAAGCCGCACAGAAUGGACAGACCGCGGAACCUUCCCCGAGCUCCCCUGGCACCGCGCACGGGCCUCUGUUGAUGGCCAACAAGGCCGGCGACACCCCGCUGCACGAGGCGGUGAAGCACGGCAGGAGCGCGGUCGCGCUCAAGCUGCUGGACGCCGAGCCAGGCAGCGGCCACGCGCUCAACGUGAAGCAGCAGACGCCGCUACACAUCGCCGCGCGGGAGGGCCUCUACAAAGUCGUCAUCAAGAUCAACAGCCAGCCCUGGGUCCACGAGAGCUCUGUCCCCUCUGACUCCGUCAGCGGCUCCGCCCUGCACCAGGCCGUCCUCGGCGGCCACGUACGCGUGGUGGAGAUCUUGCUCGACAUGACGCCGCGGGAGCAGAUCGGGCUGACGAACUCGAGCGAGAACAACGCGCUGCACUACGCGGCGCAGAAGAACAACGCCCGCGUGGUGGAGCUGCUACUCAACCGGAAGGUGGACCUGGCCUACAAGCGCAGUCCCCGCUGCACGUGGCCGCCUACUACGGGUCGACAAAGGCCAUGGCGGAGCUGCUGAAGCAGUGCCCUGACGCCGCGGACAUGGUGAACAGCAACGGCAGGAGGCCAGGAAUCAAGGACAUCGUCAUCGGCAAAGUGGACGUGCUCCGGUGCCUCCUCAAGCACGUGCGCCCGGAGGAGAUUAUCAACAAGGUUGACAACGAUGGCAACACAGCGCUUCAUCUGGCCGCGAGGUUAAAUCGAGCUCCGCUUGGCCUGCUGCUGCUCAAGGACCGCAGGGUGAACCCAUGCCUCCUCAACAGGGAAGGCCGCACCGCACGGAGCAUUACCGAGAGCAAACACCUGUCGAUAGCUUCACGGUAAUUUACGUUGUCCACUCCACUGAUAUCAGUCACUUCUUUUGCUCUCUAAGGCAACUCUAAGUUUCUAACUGAUCCCCUAAAAAUAGAGGAAUAAAACGAGGGAGUAAACCUUUGUGGAGUAAAUUUGCUCCACUAAUUUUUUGCCGUUUCUAGCCGACCCCUUAAAUUUAGUGGGGUAAUUUUUUCCAUUUGCAUCACAUAUUUGCUGACCAAAACAUAUUCUCUUACAUUUU